CUUGGCUUCUUGGAGGAGAAAGGAUGGCUCAGGAGACAAAUCAAACCCAGGUGCCUCUGUUGUGUACCACAGGCUGUGGAUUUUAUGGCAGCCCUCGGACCAAUGGGAUGUGCUCUGUUUGCUAUAAGGAAUUUCUACAGAGGCAACAAAGCAGUGACCGGAUAAGCCCCCCAGCAGCCACUGGUCCCAACAGCAGCCCUGUGGCUUCGGAGUCAAUUGCAGGGCGGUGUGCAGAGGGAGACUCCACGCCUGAGGAUGUGAAAGCCAGUGCUCAGACUCCUGUGACCCAUCAGAUGACGGCCAUGAGCAUAUCUAGAGAAGAAAACAGCGAUGAGACGGGAUUCGUUAAGACAGAAGAAGCCUCAUCAGCAUCUUCCUCAUCAGGUACCCUCUUUGAAAUAUCCCAGAACACAGUCGAGGACAAGAUGGCUUCAGAAGAAAUGAAACAGAAAAAGAACCGCUGCUUCACCUGCCGGAAGAAGAUAGGGUUAACUGGGUUUGACUGCCGCUGUGGGAACCUGUUCUGUGCCAUUCACCGGUACUCAGACAUGCACGCCUGCCCGUACGACUAUAAGGCAGAAGCAGCUGAGAAAAUCCGUAAGGAGAACCCCAUCAUCAUAGCUGAGAAGAUCCAAAAGUUGUGAAGGAAGCUGAGCAGCUAGAACUACAGCCACCUGGCCUGGUGCUCCUCCCCUUCCUCCCAGCCCUCCUCUUCCUCCCAACCCCAUCAGUGGCAUGAUGGGGCCUCCAGCAGCAGACGUGAAUCUACACCGAGAUGUGGAGAGUUCUCGCACCUUUUUGGCAGAGAUCUGGGAUUCCUUCUCUCCCUUCCUGUCUGUCCUAAAGCCGCUGCUCAAUUGAUCCAUUUUUGACCAACUUCCAAAAGGAAAAGGGAUCAUCCCUGCUCCACCCACCGCCAGUGCUAAGACCUUUGGACUUGUCUUCCGCCAGGGUGGUUUGCACGGCGCGGGCAGCAGGGUUCCCCCAGGCAGCCUUUCCGUUCGACCUGCAGCUCAGAGUUCUGCAAACCUCCCAGGACUAGCCGCUAGUGUCCGUGAGCUGUCUCCAUACUUUGUUCCCUCUGCUCCAUUGUCUGUUCGUGGCAGAUGUAGAAGCGGGAGCUGAGGAAUCCCAGCGGCAAGUCUACCCUCUGCUCUGCCUGAUCUCAGAUGCGGGAAAGAGGAUUCGGUAGUUUUAACACCCCAAAUACCCCUCCCUUCCCUUCGAGAAGCUGUUGAAGCAGUUGGAUCAUUAAGCAGCAGAGUA